GAACCGAAGGCAGACAGUGUUCGUUUUCCGUGAAGAGAAGAGGCAAAAUAUUUUCCUCCCGUUCAUUCAUCGAUUCAGCUAACAAAUAACCAUGGCAAACACGACAAUUUUCCUCAAAAAUGCAUCUGGAGCAUUAAAGAGCAACUACAGCUUGAAAUACGCCGUUCGAUCAUGCUCUUGGUGGAAUCAUGUUCAAAUGGGACCUCCUGAUGCCAUUUUGGGCGUCACAGAAGCCUACAAACGCGAUCAAAACCCGAAAAAAAUCAACUUGGGUGUCGGCGCAUAUCGUGACGACAAUGGCAAACCUCAUGUCUUGCCGAGCGUUUUGGAAGCUGAGAAACGCAUCACGGAAAAGAAGAUGGAUAAGGAAUACGCAGGCAUCGCAGGUGUUCCAGAUUUUUGCAAACACAGCAUUAAAUUGGCUUUGGGCGAAAAUUGUGAACGUUUGAAGGCAGGCACGAAUGCGACAGUUCAAGGUAUUUCGGGAACGGGUUCGUUGCGUAUCGGAGGUGCAUUUUUAGCUGCUUUUGCUCCCGGGCCAAAGGAUAUUUACUUGCCGACGCCAUCAUGGGGAAAUCACACGCCCAUUUUCAAGCAUUCGGGAUUGAAUGUCAAGUCAUAUCGUUAUUACCAACCAAGUACUUGCGGAUUCGACUUCAAAGGAGCAUUAGAUGAUAUCAGCAAAAUUCCUGAACGUUCAAUCAUCUUGUUGCAUGCUUGCGCUCACAACCCCACAGGAGUCGACCCAAAGCCCGAACAAUGGGCCGAAAUGAGUCAACUUAUCAAGAAGCGCAAUCUCUUCCCCUUCUUCGACAUGGCUUAUCAAGGAUUCGCGAGCGGCAACGUUGACAAAGAUGCUUUUGCUGUUCGUCAUUUCUUGCAAGAUGGACAUUCGUCAAUUGCUUUAGCGCAAAGUUUCGCCAAAAAUAUGGGAUUGUAUGGAGAACGUGCGGGAGCCUUUUCAUUGAUAACUGACAGCAAAGAUGCCGCCGAUCGUACAAUGUCGCAAAUUAAAAUCUUGAUUCGCCCAAUGUACUCGAAUCCGCCCGUGCAUGGAGCUCGUAUCGUUGCUGAGAUUUUGGGAGAUGCCGCCUUGAACAAACAAUGGUUGGGAGAAGUCAAAGAAAUGGCAGAUCGCAUCAUCUCCGUUCGCAGCAAAUUGAAGGAAAAUUUGAAGAAACUCGGAUCUCAAAAAAGUUGGGAACACAUCACGGACCAAAUUGGCAUGUUUUGCUUCACGGGCAUGGAUAAGGCGCAAUGCGAGCGUUUGUCGAACGAAUUUAGCGUGUAUUUGACCAAAGACGGGCGUAUCUCGAUGGCUGGCGUUACAUCGAAGAACGUUGAUUAUUUGGCGGAAGCUAUGCAUGCUGUUACAAAAUAAACGAAAAAAUAAUUUUAGAAGCAAAAAUAUCGAACACAGUACAAAUUUCUACAACUCACUCACUGUCCAACAUCCAUUUCAGGCAUUUUUUAUCUACCGAAACUCUAUUUUUACGAAAAACUUUUUAAAAAAUCUGCAACAGUUCCAUAGCGCAUUUAUACACAUUUUUAUAAUUUAUAAGAAGAUUUGUUCCUUAAAAUAAAAAAUAAAAUUUUCAAAAUUUAAAAAAAUCACGUUGAUGAUGUAGAAUACGAAAAAAAUGUCGAUACAGAGCUUCAAAAGCUCAAAUUGUGGAAAUUUUGUUAAUUUUAAUUGUUGCUUCGUUAGAUGAUUGGCUAAAAAAAAAAAAAAUUAAAAAAAAAUAAAAAUAAUUAAAAAUUUAAAAUCCUGUUAAUAA